UGCAUUAAAUUGCUUAUAGGUCAGGGGAGUGUGAGUGGGCGAAGGGGGGCACUGUACAAAUAGACUAUCAUAAGAAAGCGAAGUCAAAGAAAUUAGCAUUCAGAGUGGAAAGUUUGGAAGAGACAUUUGCUAUUUUAAUAGAAGCAUGGAGCAAAGCGCUUUAUCUAACCCAGGCCCAGCUCAGCCAGAGGUUUCACAAUGCAAGGAGUUGGAUCACAGAACAGGGGCUUCAGAAGAGACCAACAGCUCUGUGCCAUCCAGAGGUGAAAGUGAGGCUCCACAGGAUGAACUCACAGAUUUGGAUGGAACCGAGAUGGAACAGCGGGUGAAAUAUGUGGAAGACAAACUCAGGGAAAUGAAUGCUCGAUUUGAAGGCGCAGAGAAACGACUAGAGGUUUUGCAAGAACGGCUCAGUCAGGAAGCAGCAAGUGAGACUGAUUGCUGUGGUUCCAGAUCGCAGGAGGCCACCAACAAUAGUCAGUGCUUCACUCAGAACCCUGGAUUGGAGCCUGUCUUGGCCAAUGCAAUGAGAAGCAUUGACCCUUGUCAAGAAGCAGAUGUGCUGGAUAUGUACAACGGGCUCAGGACACAUGAAUGGGAGAAAGCCAAAUGUGCUGCAAGUGGCUCUGCCUUCCCAAUGACAUAUGAAAAAGGUAGCACCAUAAUUAAGGCUGUGUUUUCCAUAUGUGAAGAAGAGCUGUCACAAAGACUGGAGCGAAUUUUUGAACUCCUUGAGAUUCCAGUUUCGAAGAAAACCACAAGCCUCUUUGACAGCAAACAGCUGCCCCCUGGGCUGGCAAGAGAGAUAAAGAAUCACCUUAAAAAUCUCUAUUUUAACUAUGGAGAAGACUUUUACCAAGCCAAGAGUAGGCCUUCACUUUCUCCUGAUCUACAGAAGUUUCAGCCACUUGUACAUUUCACAGCAGAGUGCUACAAAAUUUACUGUUUGUUGCUUCUUCAGAACCCGCCCAUUAAAGCUGUGUGGCCCACAGAGGAAAGAAUCCCAAUCUCUUGCAUACAGCAUGUGGACAAUAAAAACGUGGAGGAUGGGAUGCCAUUAAACUUUCUGUGGCCCGUGCUGGCAUGUGGGAGACUAGUAUAUAAGAAAGCUGUAAUCUAUGAUUAAAUGGAAUGGCUGUUUGGAAUUCAAUUAUACCUCUGUGUUAUAAAACAAUAAAAAAAAAAUAGUGAAAUAGCA